AUGUCAGAUGAGCAGCAUGAUCAGUAUGAUGAUUUAGAGGAGCAAGGGGAGGACGAUGUUCCUUCCACCUCAGCACAGUGUGGACCUCCCCGUUCAGUAGACACGGAUGUCACGGUUUUGCAGUUACAGUCUCAGAUGGCGGAGAUGGCAAGAGCCAUGGCGGCGAUGACCGCCCAGUUGACGGUGUUGGGGGCUACACCCCAUGUCAUGGAUGUAGGUACUCCUACUACAUCCAGAGACAAGCCAGCAGCACCACAGUCGCCAGUCCCGGAGCUUGUUAGAGUUGAUAGAGUUCAGAGGGCAGUUCCGAUGUCUCCCCCAGCAGUACCUUUGAGUGUGCCAGUUCAGAGUCAGUCAGUACAGUUGUCACCAGUCCAGAUUCAGAACAUGAUUGCACAGAGGGUUGACCAGGCUAUUGCUUCUAGAAAGUCUGGAGAUUCUGUUAGUAGAGGUCGCCCCUACCCGGUAGAGUACGAGCGGGAGCCUUACCCCGCUGGUUUUGUUCCUCCCCGUUUUCGAGUUUUUGAUGGGUUUGGAAACCCAAAACAACAUGUGGCUCAAUAUCGGGCCAUAUGUUGUAACAUUGGAGGAAAUGACGCGUUGAUGCUUAGAUUGUUUGUUAGUAGCUUAGGGGGAGUGGCAUUUGAGUGGUAUGUCGAUCUCCCUAAUGAUUCAGUUCGUACCUUUGCUGAGAUGGAGCAGUUGUUUGUGCAGAGGUUCAUCAGUACAGAGUAUAGAGUGACUGUUGGUGAGUUGGUAGUGACCAGACAGCGCCCCCACGAUUCUGUACUUAACUAUAUAGUUAGGUGGAGAAACCUUAGUCUUCAGUGUGAACCUCAAUUGCAAGAGCAGCAUGCAGUUGAGAUUCUGUUGAAGAAUAUUAAUGGUCAUAUCGCUCCAUACCUGAAGGGUUUUAGCAUUCGAACCUUUCAGAAGUUGUUAACCAAAGUCACUAGCCUGUAG